GACAACAACUCUGAGAUCAGAGCCCACCAACCGCGCCAUGUUUCAAACGAGCCAGGCAUGUCCAGUUUCGAUAUCACCAUCAUAGUUCGUUGUUGUUGACUAAAUAACCAGUUCGGCACAGAGAAAGAGACAGGCCGGGCCCACAUCAUCAUGCCAGCAGCCAGCCAAUUAAUUCCAAACACCUUCCUCCAUUGUACGGACUCGAAGAGGCGCCAGUACACCAACGCGUUUCAACGUCAGCUCCCGCACCAUCCUACAUGCAACCAUACUUCCUAGGUCCGAGAUCUUUAAUUGCCCGUGUUAUUCGAAGUGCUUACCCUUGGCCACUUCCAGCGCACGCUUCUAGCCAUGAUCCAUUUGCUGAUCGACCCCCAAAUCACCUUCCCCUUCCUCCUUUUCUACCGAGGUCCCCAUCAGCUCAACUUUUUCAGCAGCAAUCGCAGCCAAAUGAAAGGAUUCAACCUGAUUUCUGUGAUACGAGAUUACCUGGUAUUCUCCUACCCAAUCCCCAGGCUGUGCGAGCUCCCCGAGCUAAUACGCCAAUCUACCAUGCUCCCUCGACACGUCCAUCGUCCUAUCCCUCGAUCCCGGACGUGAUUUCACAACUUCCACCGCUGACGCCCACUUGGCCAGCUUCCAGAGGCUGGUCGACACACAUACGUCCUCCAUCACCUGCCCGGUUAAGGGGGAUCCGUCUGUCUUCCGACUCGCACGGGUCAUCCCCCUUGCCACCUUUGAAUACGCAGGACAGGUCUCCUGAUGAAGGCCCAGAAGACGGACUCGGGUUUAUGCCAAACACUUCAGAGAGCUCUGCAUCAUCGGGGGAACGUGAAUAUGUGUCUUCUCCAGUGGAGGAAAACCAGGCUUCCACCAGUGAACAAGGACCAAGCACCAUCAGCAGUAAUAUACAGACAUCCACCGGUGUUUGUCCUCCCAGGAGGAGGAAGACUAGUAGCGCUUGCCACUUCUGCCGCCGUGAGCCAAAAAGCCUCAGUGAAUGGCUCGGUUGCACUGAUCUUAUUACGCAUCUCAGGUCGCAAGCUCAAGUGUGAUGGUUGCCGCCCAUGUAGUAACUGCGCUAAGCGAAACCAAGGAUGCGAAUACGACGUGCAAGUGAAGCGUCGCGGACCGGGGAAAAGAACCAAAGAUCCUGCAACGGCUCCACCACCCCGUCCCCCCGUCCCACUCAUCGUAGGAUGAACACUUCUCGCCCCGGUUCUGGACCUAUUGCAAGAGAAGACCUUGUUGUGCACCCCGAAUCUCA